AUGCUCGGUCGUCUUGGCUACCGCAAAGCUUAUCCAGCUUGGGUUAGCAAUACGAAUGAUGUGCAUAUUCCGUUGGAGGACAUCGAUGAAAAGCUCGUAAAAACAGUUGAGGAUCGAGUGAUUUUGAGGAGUAAAGGUGGAAGGAAGACUGCCUGUUUGGCUCAUCGGAUCCAGAGUGGACGCUUGUCUGCAUGCGCGACACUGAAAAUCGGCCAUCGAAUAGAUCAUGAAUUGGGCAGUGCUCUUGUGCGAGACUAG